AUGGCCGGAUUUGAUCCAUUUAAAACAGAUUUAUACUUCUUUGACGACUUGACCAGACAGAAGGCCAACGAUCUUCUAAGAUGCAGUGAGGUUGGCACUUUUUUGGUAAGAACCUCCACUUCCGAUCCUUCAAAUCUUUCACUGAGUUUAAGGUAUGUGUGAUUGUAAACUCCUAUUUUUUUUAGAAUUUCUUACGACGAAGAUAAUUCGAUCAGGCAUUAUUUUAUACAAAAGACCAAAAGUGAUGCGGGUAAAUGGAUUGUUUCGGUAUGUUGUCCAUCAUCCCUGAAUGACUUUUUUUUUCUUAAGUUGAAUGGAAAGGACUUCCCUGAUUUAUCUUACCUAAUACAGUAUUACAUGGAAGUCCCGCUUGGUCAUACACAACUUUUAAAACCAGUGCCAAAGGAAGCUAUUUGCCAUGUAAGCCAUGUUUAGACGUAAAUAUUUUGUCUGACUUUAAGGUGGUCGGACUGUACAGAUUUUAUGGAGAACGGAUUACUGACCUUCCGUUUGAUGUUAAUGAAGCCUUGGAGAUAAUAUCUAAGCCAGAGGAAAGCUGGUGGGUGGCCAGAAAUGUUUUGGGAGACGUCGGUCUUGUUCCAGUGACUUAUGUAAAUAUAAGAACGUGAAGUUCACAUUGUGAUAGUGCAUAAUAAAUUGAGAUUAUAAUAUGACAUUAGUUUUCUUGUUUAGACAAAUAACUACUUUUAUUUUUUGAUUUCUUUGUUAUUUUAUUACGGAUGCAGAUGGACUUUAUAAUGAUUGAUGACAAUAUCGUGGAAGAAGAUGAUAUACUUGAAGGGUGUGCGUGCACUGGUACCUGUACUUUUGAAAAUGGAUGUAAUUGUCUUAUCUAUAAAAAAGCAAGUCUACAGUUAGUUUACUUUUAAUUUCAUAGAAUUACAACGGUUCUGGAAGGCUGAUCGACGAAUUUAAUUCAAUAAACCCUGUUCUGGAAUGUCAUGAUGAAUGUAAGUGUGACUCUGAAUGUUCAAAUAGACUCGUGGGGAACGGUUGCAAAAAGAAAUUGGAUCCUUUCUAUGAUCAAAUAAAGGGAUAUGGGUUAAAAGCAUCGGAAAGCAUAUAUCCAAAGGAAUUUGUAAUCGAAUAUAAAGGCGAAGUUAUAUCAGAAGAAGAGGCUUGGAGAAGAGCUAAGAAGUAUAAGGAUGACGGACGCGAGCAUAAUUAUAUUUAUACGAUAAACGAACAUUUAGAAGGUAAACCUUUUAUGUAUUGAUUCUUAUAUUAUCGUAGAUCGUAUUCAACGAACAUUUAUUGACGCCACCUCAUUCGGCGGACUGGCCCGCUUCAUUAACCAUUCUUGCAGCCCCAAUCUCACUCCCGUGGUUGUAAGGUGCGGGAGAAUAUCUCCUCAGUUGGCUUUGUUCGCAAAUAAAGUCAUCAAUGCGGGUAAGUGUCUAUUUCAUUAAUAUAAUAAAAUUUUCUCAUGUUGUUCCAGGAGAUGAGCUCUGUUACGAUUAUGGGUCUUCCUCAGAUCCGGUUGGAGGUGGAAAGAAGUGUCAUUGCGGGGCUUCGGAUUGUCGCGGAUUCCUGCCGUCUGGGAGUUAUGGGAAGAUUUAA